AUAGUCUAGCGGUCUUGUCGGCGAUCGUUCAGUUACAUGAAAGGAAGAGAAGGAACCAUAGUCCAAUUGAACUGGAUCCCAGGACAUACGGGCAUCUAUGGUAACGAACUAGCUGAUAGAACAGCCAACGAGGGAAGGACAAAAUGUAAUCAUUACACCAACAUUGACUUCACACUUAGUACUUCAUACUCAGCAAUGCGACGCAGAAUGCGCGAACGCUAUACAGCUCCACUGAAAAUCGAAGCUUCGAAAUUGUCAGUCAUUAAGUCCAAUACCUCAAAAACAUCAGCCGGAAAGCUGACAGCUGCAAAAACCGCUAAGAUCCUCAAUGAACUACCCAGAGCGACACGGUGCCUAGCAACCCAGCUACGUACAGGUCACUUCCCUACGACUAAGUCAUACCGAUACCGAUUCAAGCUAAUCGACUCACCGAAAUGCAGGACGUGCGGCAUAGAUGAGAGCUAA